AUGGCGAUCAAGUUGUCGAAGUGGAACGGCCCGGUGGACGUGAUUGCGCCAGCAGCAGGGACGAUUGGCGGCGGGGCCGCGACAGGAUCCACGACCGCGACCGAUGCCGCGGGUGGCGGCGCGGGGACGAUCGAGAUCACGUCCGCGGGUGGUGCCGUGAGCGAGGCCGUGGGUGGCUCCGCGGGCAGCGUCUCCCCCGAGAUCGCCGGGAUGACGGCGAGUGUCGAGGAGGAUCCAGAGGAGGCCAUCGCGGGCGGUGACGGUGGGAUCGGCGCUGAAAACAGGGAGCCGACGGCGGUGCUGCCGAAGAACUGA